GAAGCGCUGUAAGAGAAACAGGAAAUAAUGAUUUGAUAACAAUUAGUUCAUGGAUUGGACCUAAUUUGGCUUGACACAUUCAUGUGUACAAUGGAAUGAAACUUCUGGUUGGAUUCUCUUUCUUUUUUGAGAAAUCUUAACAAAAGAUUUAAAAAAGUCACUCUCCCCUCCCUGACUCAGCUUUAUAUAACUGCGAUGCAUCGAUGCGUCUACGUUCCACUGCCCAAAGUGACCCAAAGCUCAUUCCCAAACAGAUUGUUGAUACUCCUUUUGUGCAGCAUCACUUUAAGUGCACACAACUUGGGCAAACACCCCCAAACCAAGAAUAGACUUGGCAUGAGUCAUGAUGUUGCAACAAAAAGCUCAGUUUGAUUUAGCUCUCAUCUAUUUGUGUGUGUGUGCGUGUGUGUCUGUUCACACGAGUACCACAUAAUGCAAGUCCCUGUAUGGUUUUGUACCAAAGGGACAACAACUAAAGCCCCUUUGCUAUUGGUUGUGUUUGCUCGCCGCAGUGCUAUUUUUGGGCCAGCUGACCAUUCCAUACUGUCCUCUCCCUGUGGACUCUGCUUUGCUGACAGGACAACAUGGAUACUGGAAAGAGUGACCUGCAGCAAGUGAAGUGGGGGAUUACGAAGAAGGUAGAGGGAUGAUCUGAGGGAUAGCUGGGUUCUUGGAGGGGUGUCACAUAUUCUCCACAACAACUCGUUUCAUCUGGAGAUGUGUGUUGACUCCUGGCCUACAUUUACUACUGCCAUUUGUCAUAGUCAAAAACAGCCUCUCAGCAGCAGCAGCAGCAGCUCUGGGCUGAUUCGUGACAUGUGCACCGUCUUCACCAAGAAUCCUGCAACUCUGAGAAGUCUACUUCUUAGUGAGGGAGUCAUAAACUGGGGGAAAACAACUGAGUUCAGAGGCAUACCAAGAUCACUUUGCCAUCUCGUCAGGGAACUUGCCUCACUCAAUGGGCUCCAUGUCAAAGAAUAUGAGGAUUAUGACAUCUUCAUACACCACAACCCGGAGAAAAAGGACUGGCAAAAGAAAGUGUUGCCACUGCCAAUUUCCAUUCUUGAAGAGUCCCACGCUGAGCUUGCGGAUGCACAGUUGCCUUAUGGAGGCAGCCAGGAGAGCCUGAACUACAUGAGAGCCUGUAUCCGCCAUCUGCCAAACCACUGUGUGACGGAUGAAAAGGGCCAGCCUGUGUCCUGGAUGCUGACUGACGAGCUGUGUGAGCUGAGAAUGGCUUACACCAUGCCGGAGUACAGACAGACCGGUCACCUCCGGGCCCUGUCUCAGGCUCUGAUCCACAGGAUGAGCUCUAUGGGUCUGCCCAUUUACUGCUGCAUCUUCCAGCAGAACCAGGUCGCUAUUAAGGCUGCGACCUCUUUCGGCUUUGAUGCUUAUCCCAUUAUGGAGACGCUCUUUUCAAUGGUAAUAUGCAAAGACAGAGUCUGAGUAAGCCAAACUAAAACUAAUGACAAUAAAGUCUGUUGGAUGAAUAAAACUGCAAUAACAAAAAUAUGUUUGUAUGCUUGUU